AUGUGGUUGAAGCCUUGGAAGAAGGUCAAAAGCGAAGCGGAGGACUCUCUGGCUGAGCUGCUUGCCGCAUCAAAGGCCUGCGAGCGAUUGCAGCUCAGAGGCCCGCGAUAUCCCCUGCAUGCCAUUAGGGAGAAAUGGCCGGAAGUUCCACGUCGUCACGCUGCGAUCUUAAGGGCAGUCUCGGAAUCUCUGAUGAAUCGAUUAGUAGUGCUGCGCGGGGCCUCUGGCGCUCGGACCCCUUACCUCAAGAAGUUGACGCUGCAAGGCGGUUUCCAUUCGGCCUCGUCAUUCUGCAACUUCUUGCAGGUGGUGAAGCCGCAGCUCGAAUCCUUCCGCUGCCGAAGAUGCCUCUUUCACGGCCGGAACUUCGAGAUGCUGGUGAAGGCCGUAAGCAGCGCGAGCCAGAGAAGUCUCGUAGAGUUUGAGACGGACGCAGCCAUCGGCGGCCAGGAUCCCUUCGGACUACUGGCCGACUCGUUCCCGAAUCUCCGGAUGCUUCGAGCCAAGUACAUCUUUGGAAAGACUGGCCCUCUUGAAGGCUUGACGCGUCUGAAGCAGCUGUGUAGGAAGCAGUGUGUUCUGCCACGGGAGGACCACCGACUGAAUGGGCGCCCGGCCGUGGAUACUGAGAAAGGCAUGGUCUUCUGGUGUAUCACGUCCCAACAUCACGACGACGGCUACCACGGAGAGGGCCUUACGUGGGACGAGCUUGAGAACACCAUGGAGUGCAUGGAGGAGUGGGCCGUUGGCAAGGGCGUAACCAAGGAGCAGUGCCUCGCGUUCAUGGAAGAUUGCGGCAUGGAGCUGAACGACGAUCUCGACGACGACGAUUGCGGCAUGGAAAAGGACGAUGUCGGCCGACGUGAUGUCGACUCGGAGACUGAUGAGGACACCAUCGUUGUGCAGCUGGAGAUUGACUCUGCAGGUUCUGAAGGCACUAUGGCGAUCAAUGCACGAAGGAUGGAUGGUCGGGAGUUUGCAGAACUGACAUUAGAUGCCAAGAAGACACAGAUGCGGACAUUUGUCGAUGAGCUGGCCUCAAAGUAUCCGUGCUCACCACUCGCCCUGCGCCUGGUGCUGCCUCGCGGUAACUGCAUCUCUGUUCUCGAAACAGCCAACCAAACCUUAGCGGCGGCCUUGGUCUGA